UUCAUGUGUUGUGGUAAUCCUUGCGUUUGGCAGAAGUAAAUAGCCAACAUGGCGUGUAUAGUUAAUAUGUUGGUUAGUUUAGUUUAAAAAAAAAAAAGUUUACUUGUCGGCGGUUCGUGUUUUUGGUGUUUCAUGAGUUACUAACUUUUAUUUUGUAAAAGCAACAGCGCAGUGCAAAAGUUGAUAUGUGAUGUGUGUGUGAUGUGUCAGACUUAUCUACGAAAGAAAUGUAAAUUCUGAAGGUUCACUUUGUUGGAUAGGAAUAUGCCAACUAAAGCAUCCAAGAAAGUUGUUGGAAUGAUUAUAAGGAGCAGAAAAACAAUAAUGAAGGAUGGCGUAAUGACGACUUCAGGAAUUGGAGAGCCCAGCAUAUACCAUGCCCUUGUUGUCAUAUUUCUGGAAUUCUUUGCGUGGGGGCUUUUGACUAUGCCCAUUAUUUCUGUUCUCAAUGAAACAUUUCCAGAUCACACAUUCCUUAUGAAUGGACUAAUUAUGGGAAUUAAGGGGUUUCUGUCUUUUCUAAGUGCACCAUUAAUCGGUGCACUGUCUGAUGUUUGGGGCCGGAAGUUUUUCCUACUAAUAACAGUAUUUUUUACCUGUGCACCAAUACCACUGAUGACUAUCAACACAUGGUGGUUUUUUGCCAUGAUCAGCAUAUCAGGGGUUUUUGCUGUAACAUUCUCGGUCGUGUUUGCCUAUGUUGCGGAUGUUACAGAAGAGCAUGAACGAAGUCUUGCUUAUGGCCUUGUUUCUGCAACAUUUGCAGCAAGUAUGGUUAUCAGCCCAGCAUUGGGAGCGUAUAUGAUGGAUGCCUACAGUGAAAAUUUAGUUGUUGCAUUGGCCACAGCAAUAGCUAUACUAGAUGUAUUUUUUAUUCUUGUGGCUGUUCCUGAAUCCCUUCCAGAAAAAGUCCGACCAUCAUCGUGGGGUGCACCUAUUUCUUGGGAACAAGCUGAUCCAUUUGCAGCACUUCGUAAGGUUGGCAAGGACCACACCAUACUUAUGCUGUGUGUGACAGUGUUUUUAUCGUACUUACCUGAAGCUGGACAGUAUUCAUGCAUUUUUGUUUAUCUCAAAUUGGUGAUGGAUUUUAGUGUUGUAAUGGUCGCUGUCUUUAUUGCCACAGUGGGUAUACUGUCUGUUGGUGCGCAGAUAAUUUUAGGAUUCCUAAUGCGUUCUUUGGGCAGUAAGCAUACAAUUAUUGUUGGUCUUGUGUUUGAAAUGUUGCAACUAAUGUGGUACGGAUUCGGCUCACAAACAUGGAUGAUGUGGGCCGCUGGGGUCCUGGCUUCAAUCUCUAGCAUCACAUAUCCUGCUAUUAGUGCCUUUGUAUCAAUGCAUUCUGAUGCAGACAAACAAGGGUUAGUACAAGGAAUGGUAACUGGAAUGAGAGGGCUCUGUAACGGCCUCGGACCUGCAAUGUUUGGUGUAAUAUUCUACCUCUUUCAUGUUGACUUAAAUGAAGAUCCUUCAAAAAUAAGAUCUGAACGUCCUAUUAAUUUGGGAGAUAAUGGUACCACAGGACAGAUGCACGAUUCUUUACAACCUUUGGUUCCUGGUCCACCAUUUGUUUUUGGUUCCUUUUUGGUGAUAUGUGCUUUGCUGGUAGCAGUUUUCAUUCCUGAAGGUAACUCUAUGGGUUCCAACCUUCGAACUAAUUCACGGAGACAAUCUGGUCUCUCAAUGGAGGUGCAUUAUGAAGUAGAGCGUAGCAAAAAGCACGAUGGAGUGAGUCCCCUGUCACCACUUGUUGACAAUUCUGCCAUCCUGUAGCAUAAGUGAAAGAAAAAGAUGAUGGCUUUGGUGCAAGGACUAGUACUGUUUCUUUGAUUUUACAGAAGAUAAAUUGUUUGUCUGUUUCCAAACACACAAAAUUUUGUUGUAUCAUUAUCCUGUGUAAAGUAUUCGUAUUGAAUACUACACUACAUGUUAAUUGUAAUUGUUUUCUGUCUUGUUUGUAUAAAAAUAAUGAAUACAUAUUGUGUUCAUUAUACCAAGGAAAUGUUUUAUGGCAAAUAACUGUUGUAAGAAAACUUUCAAGAACUGUUUAUUAGCCCUGACAUGGUGAGUCUACUUACAACAAAGUUGUUACGUGAAUUCUGUGGUUGACACUGAGUGAAUUGGACUGACCGAUUGGCUCUCUAUACAAUAUAUGAGAAAUUUUCCUGCCUAUUGAAGAAAGUCAAAUCACUUUAAUUCAAGUGGAGUCAUGUGGUCUUUGCACCAAAGUGUUUUUUAAUGUGUAUUAAAGUAGCUGGUGUGUAUGAAACUAUUUCUACUGCGGUGUACAUACUGAAGUUAGGUGUAAUGUUUCACAAAAAAAGUGAAAAUUUCAGGUUUUGUGUUGGGACUUGCACAGAAAGUAAAAAUGGAUGAUAUUGUAUGUAAUAUGUUCUGAGCACAGUAUUGUGUAGUACAAAAUGAUGUUUGAGCAGAAAUUCAGAGUGGUUUUAAUGAUCCCUGUACUUCUUUUUCUUUGUUUGUUGUUGUUGUUGUUGAAGUUGUUGUUGUUGCGGCUGUUGUUAUUACUGUUGUUGUUGGCUUUAGUCCAAUUUAAAAAAAAUAAUGUUAUUUACGGUCUGUCUGAACCUGUUGUUACUGUGAAAGUACUUACCUCCUCAUUUGCCCUCUGGAGAGGAGAACUGAAGUUACUGAUUGCAACCCACAGAACAGAUAUAAUGUGCAGUUCAGGUGGCAGGUUCUAUAUACACCAUUUAAAUACUGUUAAUAGUUUGGUGUGUUUGUUUCAGGUAUGAAAGAAAUGUCAGACAAGUGUGCACAACAGUAAAUGCUAAUAGUCAUUCAGUAUUUAAAUGAUAUGAGAGUGGUGAUGUGUAGGUGGAUGUCCCUAAAUUAGAUGAGUUUAGUUUGCAAUAAUACUACCACCAAAGCUGUUAUUGUACUUACUGCAGUAUAUUUAUCUUAUUUGUUGUGUUAGAAGAGGACUCUUCCAUUGUACGUACAAGAAAAUGAUAAAGUAGUGAGCGAUAUCACAAGAUGUGUCUAUGUAGUAAAAUUGUAGUUAAAAAGCUGCAGUGAUUUGAAAAGAAUAGGAAUUUGAUGGAAUGAAACUGGGAGAAAAAGAGCAUUUAGUAUCUCAGAUUGGGCUUUAAUCCAGGUAUAAUAAGAAACAAAUCAUUUUGAGACUGAUUUACUAGUUUUAUAAUUGAUUGUAUUAUACGUUACCGCUUUCAGUAAAACGUAUUGUAAGACGAUUUUACAUAUGAAGACACUGUGGUAUUGAUUGCAUUUAUUGUUCAGUAAGGAAAUAAAAAUUGGCAUCCUGGGAAUAAAUAACUGCCUAAUAUUUCUUUGCGCUAAUUUUUCUUAAUGUGGCAUGAUGUGUUCAUUUGUUUAGCAUCGUGUUUCCACCAACCAUCUAAUUACUUUCUGUGUUGUAAAUAUUAGUCAUAGCCAUUGUUUGCAUAAAAUUAUGUAAUGCAAGGUUUGUCAACAGUCUAAGACUUGACACAGUUCAGGAGCAUUAUACUUAGGAGGAAGCACAUAAUAGCACUUCAGUGUGGCAUCCAUUUAUAAUAAGGUGUUAAUUUGCUAGACAUUGUAUUCUGUCAGCCAUAUCUUACAAGGAGGCCUCUGUUCUAAAAUCAUCUUCACUUUUAUUCAAGUUAAUUAUUUGUACCUAUAAGCAACCUGGAAAUAAACAAGGAGUUGGCAGUAGCCUAAAAUGUAAAAAGAGGUAGGUUCUACUGUUAUUGCACACCCAUCACUUUAUUGUGACUCUGUUGUGGAAUAUAAUGGAUACAGUGUAAGUACAAAAAGUAAGCACCAAUAGAAGAAAGAAAAAUGUCAUAUUAAGGAAAAUACAUUUUAUGUGUUAUAUGUGUAAAUUUUCUUUUUUGUGUUAAUACUUACUGUUACAGUGUAUCAGUUGUAAGUCUCUAAGAAACAGUGUUUGUGAGCAACUAAAGUGACAUGAUACUGAUGAAAUGUUGAAUCAAAAAUAUCUUCAGCCAUCUAUGUUUCCAAUUUUAUUUUAUUUUUACUAUCAGUGUUGGCGUUACACUGAACGAUGUGUAGGAAGACUCCCACCUCUUGUUCAAACAAAAUAGGGGCCAUAAUACCCUCACUGGUAUCCAUAGACUUCUUUUUAACAAAGCGAUCCCUUUGAUCACCACUCCCAAAUGCAUGUUGUCUGGCUUGUAUUUCAAUUGUACAAUCGAUGGGAUACUUCUACAUGUUGGUCAGGGGGCCUGAAGAUGGCAUAGUGUAAUGCUGAAAGUGGUAGCAAAAAUAAAAUAAAAUUGGAAAUAUAGACAGCAGAAGAUGUUUUGAUUUGACAUUUUAUAUUGAACAGCUGAGGUUGCGCAACUAUCCUGUAUAAAGAUGAAUUUAUAGAGACGUAAUACUGAUCAGUCUCAGUGUUAUGUGCACACACUUUAUUUUAGCCAUCCAACAUUUUGGUCUCUGUGUGCAAAGUGUGCUUUUGUUCUCAUACUACUUAAUGUCAACUAGAAGGACAACUUUCAUUGUUUCAUCUGGUAAACAGUGGAAAUGCUACCCAUAGAAGAUUCUAAACCUGAAUCAAUAUAAAAUUUUGUAACUGUAACUUUGUCCCGUUUUCAAUUUUUUAUGCCUUUCUUUCAAGAUAUAGAAAUGGCCAUAACAGUCAGUCGACUUUUUGCACAUAAUCAUUGAAUAUGAUUUUUGUUAAAAUUGCGAUCAUAAGCAAAACAGUCAAUUUAUAUUCUAAUAGAAAUAUCAAAAUGUAAAGAUUGAAACUGGUGCAUUUAUGUAGCUAAAACUCAAUCAGUAUUUCGUGAAGCCACCAUGUGCUUUAGCACAUUGUAGUGGUACAUCAGAAAAACACUGUGUGUAGUCAUUAAGUACUUACCUCCCAGGGUGCUUCACUGGUAAUGACUAUUGCAAGAUAUACAUGGAUAAUGCUAUAUAACCAUAUUUGUUCAAGAAGGCAUAUAAUGCAUCAUUGAUUUUAUUCAACUCUGUGUGAAUGUCUUUAAUGGCUUCUCAAGAGACAGAUAGUAUGCCAGCAGUGCAAAUACUGUGUUAUGGAACCUUACUUAUUUACUCCUAUCGGUAUGUCAAAUUGCAAUUAAUUCAGUGAUCUGCCGAUUCCUUUAUGAUCAUGCAUUUUUUCUACAAAUAUAUAAUUGUAAAAGUUUUCCAGUAAUGAUCACGAAUGACCACAUAUUAUUGUGUUAUUAAAUGCUCCUCCCACAUAUUCAGAUUUACAUGUAGGAAGACAAUUAUGUUGAGCAUAUUCCGUACUUAUAGAACAUGUAUUAAGAAUUGAGAGUUCUGUAUUUUUUUUUUUUUCAAUUUAUUUUUAAGCAUUUGUGUCCCAUAUUCAAGCAUCUCUUAAAGUUCUGAACAUCUGCUUUUCACCAAGUGUAUAUCAGCUGACAUAUUUAGAUUUGUAAUCCUGUUUUCCUUCCUGAACUCCAUCACACUUGUGAAACUGUUAACCUGGUAUCAUGUUGUAAUGAAGGGGGGAAAUAAUCUUAUUUGCAGUACAGAAACAUGCUCACUUCUACUACAUGUUCUGCUGAUCUCAUUCUGGACUACCGAGCGAGGUGGCGCAGUGGUUAGCACACUGGACUCGCAUUCGGGAGGACGUUGGUUCAAUCCCGUGUCCAACCAUCCUUAUUUAAGUUUUCCAUGAUUUCCCUAAAUUGCUCCAGGCAAGUGCUGGGAUGGUUCCUUUGAAAGGGCAUGACCGACUUCCUUCCCUGUCCUUCCCUAAUCCGAGGGGACCGAUGACCUCACUGUUUGGUCUCUUCCCCCAAACAACCACAUCCCAACCAUUCUGGACUGACAUAGUACUGUUUUUUUGUCUCCCCCAGAUAUACUCUAAAGCAUUUAGAUGCACUUUAUUUUUAUGCUGCUUGAUAAUGAAAUUCUAACAAAUUAUUAAUGGCUUAUUGCCCCCCUCCCCCAAAGCAGGAUUUCCGUUGUGCAUAAAGCACAGUAUGUGGCACAUACUAUUAUUCGAAAGUAGCUUAUAGUGUUAUAUUUUUCCCAUUGUUUAUCAUGUUUACGGCUUGAGUUAAUCACAUAUUUCUGAUGAUUUAUUCUCAGUUUCAAGCAGAAUACUGACUUGGGUGCCAUUUUUAGAACAUUAUUUGUUUUGCAGUGUAUGUGACAGUGAAGAUAUGACAUAAACCAAAGUAUACAGAAUAUUAAAUAUAGUGUAAGACUUUCCUGGCAGUAAAAAGUGAUGGACUGUGUCAUUUUACUUGACCAAAAAUUGUGUCACAGAGCAAUUCUUUUGAAGCAGUGUUGCAUAAGUAUUUAGUAUUUGGCUGUGAAUUUCUUCAUUUAUAACUUAUAUUGGUUUAAAUUUCAUUCUACAUUUAAUUUUUAUUUUCAUGAAUGUAAAAUGCAGAUACCUAUGAACAGUGUUAACCUACCAAACAUGAAAUACGUGAUUUUCUCUCUCUCUCUCUCUCUCUCUCUCUCUCUCUCUCUCUCUCUCUCUCUCUCUUUCCCCCUCCCUCCCUCCCUCUAUACACACUUUCACUUGUUUAUGUUUUGGACCGUAAAACAUUUACUUUAUGUUGGAGAAAUUGCUUCCUUGUUUAAAUCCUUAUAUGCACUUAUAACAGCUGAGUCAGUAAUGUAAACAUUAAUGAAGCAGUGCCUUUACAAUUUCGAGAUAAAUAAUAGGGGGCAUUCUGUCCUGAAUGGGAGUAAUAAAUAAAUAUCAGGUUCAGUGAGGGAAAUUAGAGCACUGUAAAACUCGACUCCAGUCAGUGCCUGGCAUUAGAAAACAAAGAUGUCAUGAAAGCAUUUUCUGUCUAGAGUAAGCUGAAUUUAUUGUAAUAUUGUGUGUUGACAAUGAAUGACAUUGAAAUCAUAAUCUGAUCUGCUUUCAUACAAUACUUUUUGCAUGUAACUACUUUAGUAUGUGAGACGCAAAUUAAUAAGGGUGUACUUCAGGUUGAUGCUUGAGCAAGCACACAGUAUUUUACUUCAAAAUAGUCAGUGAUUCUGUCAAGUCUUAUUGGAAACUGUGUUGCCAUUUUAUGAUUGCCCAAACGAGUGCUCUGUCUAAGUGGUCAUGAAUGAGACUGGAAAUGUGUUUUGUUAGCUGAAACUAUCUUAAAACAGCAGAUUUUUGUGAGGAUUUAUUGUUAUAGUAAAGUUCACAUGUGCUUGAAUGGUGUUUAGGAAGUCGAGGAAUAUCAUGUGUUUGAAGGUAUGUUUUUGAGGGCAAGUCAUGUUUGCCAGCUAUGCUCUGAAGAUAAAUACAAGUUAAAGAGUUAGGUACAAUGUUUUUGUUUACUCUUCAGAUCUACCUCUGCAGGUUGAAAUCUUUUAGUUUUACAUAUAUUCAACAAGUAAAAUUACUUUCAUCACAUUAAAAAUAAUAAUAAUAAUAAUCUGCUCAGCAUAUCUGCUAAAAUUUGUGAAAGGUUUUGUUUGUGUUUCCAGUUUCAAUCUCAAGCUGACAAAUAUGACAUUCAACAAAACAAGAAUUAACCUAAGCCUUUCGUCAUAUGCAUUUGAUAAUUUUUUUGCAGCUAGAAAAAUCAGUCUCAUUUUUGCUUUCAGAAUUCAGUAAUAAAGAAAAAUUUAUAACUGGCAACAAAUAGUGGUAAAGGGCAACUGAACUACAAAUUGUGGUGAAGAUAGAAUAUCUGUGCAAAAAUAACAUGAGAUAAUUGACAUGAUUGAAGCUCACAGUGAUUUUUAAAAUCCUGAGAAUAUGUAGACCAAAGAAAUGGAGAGAGAACAGACAAAAGGUAGUGUAAAGUAAGAAUAAUGUGUUACACAAGAUGGUACCUUCAUAAGAAUUUUUAAUAAUAAGGAAAAUAUAAUUUUGUUACUUCUGUCUUGACUUAGACUAAUUCAGCACCAAUUCUUCUGUUGGAAACUUUGUCUCAGCUGUGCUAAUGUUACAUUGACAGCAGGACAACAUAUGCUAAAUCUACAAUAAUUAGACAGGAUUUUUAAAACCAAAGUUAUCCUUUGCUCUAGAAGAUGUAUGCAGCUAGUAGAGCCAUCAGUGUUCAGUUCAUAAUUUUCCACACAUGAAAGUUUAACUUGCAGGUUUCGUUGCGUUCAACAGCCUGUAUAGUUAGUAUUUACAGUGUGUCAAUGAGUUAAAUGGAUGUGAAAUUUGCAAGCUACUGGGGGAAAUCAACUUUACAGCCAUAUUUAUCAAACAAUAAUGUAUACAGUUCAAGCAUAGUGGGAAUAGCUUUGUUGUUUCUUUCAGUUUAGUGUUGAUAAUCUUUUGGUCAUUGUAAGAAAAUAUUGUCCUAAAAUAUCAGAUCUGGUGAUUACUUAUACCAAUUUGUUUAAGUGAUACAACUCAUAGCUGAAAAUAUCUCUGGAUCUGUAUGUUAUAAUAGGUAAUGUACUUAGUUAGAUAUGCAGUUUAAGAUACAUUUGUUUAUGCAUUAAGUAUGAAACCAGAGUAUGAGUUUUCUUUUGUUCAGUUAUCCGGUUUUAUUCUGUGAUAAAGUUCUUGUGAAUAUAACAUUUUUAUUUCAGAACAAUAAGUAAUGUAUGCAAACUGCAAGAUUGAAGAUGUGCAGUUGAGCUAAGGAAGUAGAAAUGUAACAUAUUUUGGCCUAAAUGUCAGUCAUCCUCAUUUCAAGAUAAUUUGUUAUUCACAUCGGCAUAUUAUGGAAACAUUUCCCUCUGUAAUUUCAAUAAUUUUUGAUGAACUAGAGAAGCAUGCAUAUUUUUGAGUUCAUUAACUUAAAAUGCCACAGAGAUUUGGCACUGCAUAAAAAUGUUGGUGCACUGUUUCACUUCUGAGUGUGAAACACCCCUUUUGGUAACACUAAAUAAGAUGCGUAUAGAAUGACCUAAUUUGAUUAUCCAUGUGUAGAUGAGCCAUAUUCAGAGUGAUGUCACAUAUUUCCGCUGGCAAUAGCAAAAUCACAUAGGAAACUAUUAAAAUGAUCUCUAAUGUUCCAUAAUAGAGGAAAAAAUUAGCUGCAGGUAGCAGUAGUGAUUUUAAACAAUAAAUAUCAGCUUCUAAAUUUGUAUACUUAAUUGAAUGUUUUGCAAAUCAUAAGAAAUCAUCAUUUUUCAUUCAUUUAAAUAAGGAAUGAUAAAUAGUUCAUGACUAGCUUUUUCUUUUAUUAGUGCUGUUUGACAUUAUAGUAUUAUUUUGUUUUGAUCUCUUUUUGUUGCAGUUGGUAACAAAAAUUAUUUUAAUGUUGAAGUAAAUGUAUAGUAUUCUAUUUACAUAGCUAAAUUUGCAGCCUCUAAACAGAACUUGUUUUUUAAUCUGUUUGUGAUCUCCUCGAAGCUCAAAUUUUUCGUGAGAUAGUUAUUUAGUGAGACCACUUUGAAAUAAGACUUUAGUAUUGCAGAACGUGUAGAAUUUGGACAUGGCCAAUUUAAGACAGUUUCUUGUGUUGUAAUUUUAACAUCACAAAGCUGGUCAACUCCUUUUGGAGUGUAAAAUGCAAAAUGAAAUACUGUAAUUUUUUCUUAAACUAUCAAGCUUAAACAGAUUAGAGAAGAAGGAUAUGAGUGAGAAGUAGAGGAAGUUACUUGCUGGAACCUUUCCCUCAUUUUAUUGUUUCCCAUCCUUACUUACUCCUCUGCCCAAUUUUUAUUUCAUUUUUGUAUUACUUUUGGUUAUUACUUUUCUUUAAAUGACUUACAAGUAUUUAUAUUAUGGCUUCUGACUUUAAAUACUGUGCUGUAUUUAUUGUUAAAUUUAUAAAGAACUGGUACUGUGUUUGCUCUUCUUUCAUUAAAAUUUUAGUGUUUUGCUUUUCUUUGAGAAUAUGUCUUUGAUGAUAGUUUACCAGUAAAGUUUCUUAUCAAAUUAUGUUUCUUUCUUGCCAGAAUACAUAGCACGAAAAAUUUGGUAUUAAGCUUCUUUUAAGGCAUUCUUGUGUAUCUUGUUUGGGCUUCCACAGAUCAGGCAGUAAAUUUGUGUGUUGCCAGUUUGCCUUCACUCAUUUUCGCAUUGAUCUUAAUAUGACUGUAUUGUUACAGCCAGCUUAACAAUAUGAGUUGAUGUUUACAUUCAACUACAGAAUUGUUUACUAUUGAUGUAAAUGGACAUGUUUCAACUGCUUUUAGUAUUUUAACUGUGUGAUAUUUUUGUUAACUUUGUUUCUGUAGGUAUUGAUGAUGCUUUUUCAGUAUUAUAUCAUGUUCACCUGUUUUGCACAUUGAAUAUCUGUAACAAGACAGUAGCAGAAUAAGGUGAUGCACAGUGUGGUGUUUCAUAAGUGGAAUUAUGCGUGGGAUCUUUCCAUCAGAUGGAGUUACACGUUCAAAGUAUAUGUACAGUCUGACUGUUAUACAGAAUUGUCAUCCUGUGUAACAAGUAGUAUUUGGUAACUAAACUUUAUGACUGUUGCAGAGAAAGUAAAUUGACCUAUUUUUAUGACAGUACCAGUAUUAAUGUUGUGAUUGUAUCUGAUACAUUAUUGUCAUGGUUGUGGCUCCAAUUUUAUUUUAAAAGAUAUUGAAACAGAGAGGCAAUAUGUGUAAAUAAUAUAAUGUGUGCUUAAUAUAAUGGUAAAUAGCAUUUAUGAGUGACUGCUUUUUCAUAAACAUCUGCAUUUCUAUUGCAUAAUAAUCACCAAUUUUUAAAUCCAAGGAGCAGUCAUUUUUAGUUCAGUAUACUGAAGUGUCUUCCUCAAUGUAUCAGAUUAGUCAUUGAGUGCAAUUAUUAACUCAAAUUAUAUGUAAUCAAAAUAGGUAUCACAGGAUUCUCAAAUAAAUGACAAGCCUUUUAUUUUCAUUGUAAUGGUUUAUUUUUUAUUUCCUUGCAUUAUUUUCUUUACUCAAUCAGCAGUGCAACAUCACGUGAGAAAGUUGUGUGUGUGUGUGUGUGUGUGUGUGUGUGUGUGUGUGUGUGUUUUAUUGGCUAUAGGGUUUGCAAAAGUCUAUUUUUUUUAUUGGAAUGUACUUCCAUGAAAUUAAUGUCUAAUGUCAUUGCAAGUUUUUGUUUGGGUUCACCACCUGAAUGAUGUGUGUUGUAAAAGAUGAAUUGCUUUUUGUUUUGUACAAAUGACCAAUUGUGUAUACUACUUGAAUAAAAUGAAAUAAUUGGUACUUGAGAAGAACUUUGUAGUGCCGUACAAAGACGUCUUGUAAAUGUGUUGUCUAGGAAUAAAAUUCACCUAAAAUUUUGUCUA